CAAAGAUGGCUUCGCUCUUCAGCCUGCAAGAAACGAGCAAACAGAUUGGCGCUGAACCUAAACAACCACUCUGGUAUCAGAACUCAGCUCGAAGAGUGAUUCCAAAUCAUCUUGUCCCUAGGAAGCGACUCGCAUUUCAAUUGAGCGGCACCAGCACUAACAAAAAAGACUCCAAACAAAGCGCUACGAAUGGAGCCUCCUCAAACAACAACGCAUUUAACUCUACAGAUUUCAAUUUGAUUUCUUUUGGUAACACUGCGCAUAGAACUAGCAGUGCAGGCCAUGGUGACUCGCUGUCUCUUUUUCUUACUGCAGAUGGUCAUGAUAUCUCCCAGAGUUUUGAUACCGACGAUAUCCCGUUGUACAACGAGAACGAAGAUCUUCCUCCUGCAAAAUCACUCUACGAUCUCAAUGACGAAGUAGUCAUCUCCCUCAACAAACCACAACAACACACGGAGUCCUUCAUUAAUAAAGAUCCAAAAACUUUCGUGAACGCAUUCCACCAGAAGAGUGAUGUUUCCAGUACGCCCGAGGAGGAUCCGGCAGCUAAAUUGAGCCCCUUGCUGAUCAGCGAAUCAGCAAUAUUGGUGUUUGGAUAUCCCGAGGCUAUGACGUCGCAGAUAAUUGGGUAUUUCUCGGACUUCGGCACAAUUCUAGAGCAUUUUGAAGCUCUGAAGAACCGGAGAAACGAAAAUGCUAACAUAUUACUCGCCGGUACUCAGACAUCAUCUUCCUCCUCUGGUCUUCCUCUUUUCAGUGGUAAUUCAUGGGUGAAGCUUACCUUCGACAACCCUGCAUCUGCGCAAGAUGCUUUGAAAGAAUCGGGCAGUGUUUUCAAUGGUGUGCUCAUUGGCGUGGUUCCAUACACAAAGGACGCCAUCGAGAAACUUCAAAAGCGAAAAUUGAGCCCACUGGAAGAUAUCGGGGGUGGAUUUCAGCUGCUCACGCGCAAUAUAUCAAAUGAAGUAGACAAGGGUGUGGCUGGUGACACGAAUGACCUGCAGGCAUCGUAUAUCAAGCGUUUGGAUGUGAAGGACGGAACUGGUUUAUUCUUGAAGGCCAAUGGAACAGGCGCACAAAGCGAGGGUCUGGACGAGAAAGGAAAAGGAGAGAAGUUGGGGCUCUUAGCCUCUGUAACCAAGUACUUCUUUGGGUUCCAUGACCUCUAG